CCUUUUACACAGGCCGAGUCUAGGUAGCUUUCUCAUUGUCUCUCCCGCUCUGAAGUCUGUACUUGUUCGAUGGCCACUGUCCUCAGAAGUCCACCUUUGCGGGCACCAACACCAAAACCUUCGUACGUUUGGUCUCGACACUUGACCCCUCAAACCUCUCUGCCGUCUCUCCGCUCCCUCAAGCUUUUGCCGUUGGCUUCCCACCGUCAAAUUGAAACCACCAAACACGUCCAGAUAUCCCAAGGAGAAGGACGAGCAUUGGAAAUCCAUACCUCAACAGAUUUGCACAAGCUUUUUAGGAAAACUUUGGUUACCAGAGGUAUUCAAGAUGUGAAGAAGCCUUAUACAUGGAUAUCUACAUUCUUAAUUGGACAGAGCUUAUGGCUGAUCUCUACACCAAUGGCACAAUCACGUGAAAUUAUAAAAACAAAUGUGGUUUAUGAGACUGGAGAGUUAUUUGAAUUGGGAAUUCAGCUUUCAUACUUGCUACUAUUGUUGGGUUUUCUUGGGAUUGGAACCUUCUUUGUGAUUCGUCAAGUACUUGUACGUAGAGAACUUGAUCUUUCUGCCAAAGAAUUGCAAGAGCAGGUACGAAGUGGCGAUGCUAGUGCAACGGAGCUUUUUGAACUUGGAGCAGUGAUGCUGAGGAGAAAAAUUUAUCCAGCUGCUACUAAGUACUUGGUUCAGGCAAUUGAGAAAUGGGAUGGGGAUGACCAAGAUCUUGCUCAGGUUUACAAUGCCCUUGGGGUCAGUUAUGUCCGUGAUGGGAAGCUUGCUAAGGGAAUUACCAUGUUUGAAACUGCGGUGAAGCUUCAGCCAGGCUAUGUUACUGCUUGGAACAACCUUGGUGAUGCCUAUGAACAGAAGAAAGACUUUAAGUCUGCCCUGAAUGCAUUUGAAGAAGUGCUUCUUUUUGAUCCUAACAACAAAGUGGCGCAACCACGGCGAGAUGCUUUGAAGGAACAAGUGAAAUUGUACAGAGAUGUCCCCGUUAAAACAAAGGAGAGAUAAUUUGACCUGGUAUGUAUCAAGUGUUAUCUGAUCUACGGUUGGUGAGGAUCUAAGUCAGCCACACCUUAUUUAAAUUGGCUUGAUGAUCUGAAAUAGCUACUGAUAGUUGAGGUAUCAUUGGUUUUGUAUGGUCCCAGAUUACGGACUGAAUAGUCCCAUUUUGCAUUUUCUAGCAUCUGAGUAAUUUGAUCUGUAAAACAUGAUUCGUAAGUAAAUGCUCUUUGUUGUAUAA